AUGCCGUCGAAAUCGCUGGAGAAUCACAGGAAAGCCCAGGCUGAACGCUUACAAGCUGUUCUUCAUGAUUUACUUAUGGAAGAGGAAAAUAAAUAUUGCGCUGAUUGUGAUGCAAAGCAGCCACGUUGGGCAUCUUGGAAUCUUGGAGUUUUUGUUUGUAUUAGGUGUGCCGGUAUUCAUCGUAGCAUUGGAGUUCAAGUUUCUAAAGUUAAGUCGGUGAAUCUGGAUUCUUGGACUCCAGAACAGGUGCAGAGUAUGCGUGUUAUGGGUAAUGCAAAGGCAAAAGCCGUUUAUGAAGCGGAAUUGCCACGGGAUUACAGAAGGCCUCAAACAGAACAACAGCUUGAGAUGUUUAUACGAGCAAAAUACGAACAAAAAAGGUAG